AAUGGGCAUAGCGCCCUCUCUUCCAAAGCGCGGUUGUCCCUGUCCACGGCGAUGUCACCCAGAAUGUGACAUCCGGCACGGAGCAUAUCGCAGCCGACACGGUUUCAUCUAUCGGACUCCGGCACUGGCUAAAUGCCAACCCCGAUGUGGCCGCUCAAAUACUGAAGUCGUCUGCCGUCCAGCGGGACGAACUCCACUUCGUCAGGUGCCGAGAUACUCGAAUACGGAUAUUGACUACUGCUGCUGUCCAACUCCAGCUCCAUCAGCUCCACCAGUACGACAAAUGCGCUCAUCGAGCUCAAUCAAUUGCUGUUUUCGGCCACCAGAGUCGAAGAAACCACAUAGCUGCAGAAUAAAUGAGUGCCAAGGAGCGCGUUACGGUCCAAUGAGACAGUUGCCACCAGUCGCUCUUCCUCUACCAUCGCGUUGGACUCCACCAUCUCAGAAUCUAUCCAGUGUUCCGAUUCCCGAUGAGAUACCCGAUGAGCCAUGCGAUCCCUACUAUAAUUACGAUCGCAAUCAGCCUCAAGCGGUGAACACGUUGGCUAAUUUCGAUCUCAAUCGAUUCGAUCGAGAUAGCGCCGGACAUGCUCGCCGCAGAAAUGUUAGCAUACGGUCAUACGUCGACUAUGAUUAUGAUGCGGGAAAUCAUGUUAACACGCACCCUCCUUUUGCACAGGACUCACUGAUGCCAGCCCAUCUCAUUCCAUGUCCUUACCAGAACCAACCUGCUCAACGUAAUCUAUAUCCUUCACACCAAUUGGAUCACAUGCCGCAUUCCUCACGACAGAAUGAUUUCAGUUAUAUUCCACAUGCCUUCCGUCGAUAGACCAAUUUUA